CUUUAUUCCUCACUACUUUAUACUUCUCAUCAUCAUGGACUUUGAAGAUCUUAUGGACAUGGAGUGGUUGAACAACCACACUGAAGACAUGCCUAUCAAGGAAGAGCCACUGGACUCUUAUUACAACUUCCAAAACUAUUAUGAGGAACCAGAAUGUUCUUUGGCUGGUCUUCCCUAUCUGUCACCUGGAGCGGGGUCGCCAGAAUUGGCAGAUGACGAAGGACCUCCUCUGAUUAUGCCCACAACAGACCAGAUUAGACAACUAAUUGACAUGGCCAAGCGGCAAUUGGCUUUGAGGGAACAAGAACAAUCUGCACCGCCCACAACUCCAACCAUUACCACCACUGCACUUCCGGCCAGUAGCACUGCGCCACUAUUGUUCUCUGAGCCAAUCCAGCCCCCACAGACCGUCGCUCCAGAGGACCUUAUCAAGACCGAACCAAAGCGCAGCAGAAGAGACUCUAGCGCAUCAGCGUGUGAAGAUGUGCUGGCUUUAGAAGCAUGUGCUGAAGCUGAUGGAAUUGAUAUAAAAAAGUUGACCCCAAAAGAGCGACGACAACUGCGCAACAAGAUUUCAGCCCGCAACUUCCGCGUCCGAAGAAAGGAAUAUAUUACUACUUUGGAGGGGCAGGUAGAUAAGCACAAAAAGCAUGCUGAGCGACUACAAGACCGUCUUGGUAGUGUAGAAGAUGAAAACAGACAACUCCGGACAGAAGUUGACACACUUAGACGCCAGAACCAGAUGCUUCAAAAAGCAGCUGCUACAAGUUCAAGCGCUACUAUUCUUCCAUCGUCUGUUGAGCUUACCCGCACACCAUCUUCACCUCGUCCUGGUGGACUGAAGCCUAAUCUUCGUAAAGAUAUCAGCAUUCUUGGUACCAAGGCCCAGGAUUAUCGUCAAGACAACUAUAUCCUUGUUUCAAACGCCAUUAUGCCCAACUGGGACCUCGACGCCAUUCUUUCUCAGACACCUACUCCCGUUCAACCGACACACAGCUCAUCACUUAGUAUGCAGGCAGCAGCAGGCCACUUUAUCGCACUUGUGGCCCAAAUGGCGACACAUAUUCCACUCGAUCAAACCAUUACUAAGAUGCCAUCAUAUUAUGAAGAAGUCUAUGAUGGUUUAAUCAUGACAGGCCUGAUCGAUAAUGUUCAAAGUGGAUCAAAUGUAACAGAUAAAUCCUUUUGGUGGUGGGAUGCACAACCCCAGCAUGCUUAAAGAGAGCGAUCAAACACACACACACACACACGUCUUUUCUCUAUUCUCCCUUUUUAACAUAACUCUGUAUAUAAGUCAAAUAUCUACUUCUUUCUUCAUUAUCACUUCGUUUUCUUUAGUCCUUCCUCUUUUAACCCCUACAACCCUUUUAUUCUCUAUCCGAGUUGACCUGCUUUAGUUUCAAUCUCCCACACACCCCCUACCCUUUUUCCCUUGCCCUCCAGCCCCCCCUCCCCCUCUCCUACUCUUCCUCUCACCCCCUUUUUUCCCUCUUUUAUUUUCUCCCCUUAUUUUCAACCCUUACAUACAAAUCCACCUUGCAAUCAAAAUAUUAUUUCCUUUCUAUUGUUUUUUUUUUCUUUUAUUUUCUUUUUAUUAUUAUUUUAUAUAAUAUAUUAUUAUUAUUAUUAUUAUACUACUAUUCUACUAUCAUUAUUCUUGCACAAAU